CUAUGAUAUGUGCCACUUUGGUCACGCAAAUUCCUUGCGUCAGGCGAAGGCCAUGGGUGACUACCUUGUUGUUGGAGUGCACAGUGAUGCUGAGAUUUCCAAACACAAAGGACCCCCGGUCUUUUGUGAGGAGGAGAGAUAUAAAAUGGUCCGAGCAAUCAAGUGGGUGGAUGAGGUUAUCGAAGGCGCUCCCUAUGUGACAACGCCGGAAACGUUAGACCUGCAUGACACAGACUUCGUUGUUCACGGAGAUGAUAUUACAAUGACAGCAGAAGGAAUUGAUACGUAUCAUAUAGUCAAAUCAGCUGGGCGGUACAAAGAGUGCAAGCGCACACAGGGCGUGUCUACGACGGAUCUCGUGGGACGCAUGCUCCUCAUGACAAAAACACAUCACAAGCAAAAAUACAGUGUCAGCAAGGAGGAGACGGGAGAGAUCGGUGUGGACUCGAGUACGAGGAGCCCGUGGACAGGCGUCUCACAGUUCCUCCCCACCACUCAGAAGAUCCUGCAGUUCUCCGCGGGCAAGGAGCCGAACCCCGGCGAUCGCAUCGUCUACGUCGCCGGCGCCUUCGACCUGUUCCAUGUAGGUCACGUCGACUUCCUAGAGAUAGCAGCAGCUCAGGGUGACUACGUCAUAGUGGGACUUCACCAUGACCAAGAUGUGAAUAGAUAUAAAGGUGCAAACUUUCCCAUCAUGAACCUACACGAGAGAGUGCUGAGCGUCCUGGCAUGUAAGUACGUGUCAGAGGUGGUGAUCGGUGCUCCGUAUGCUGUCACUGCCGACCUCAUGGAUCAUUUCAAGGUGGACGUGGUGUGCCACGGCACCACUGUCGUGAUGCCCGACACAGACGGAGAGUCGCCCUAUGCUGAGCCAUUGCGACGUGGAAAGUUCAAGUUGAUCAACAGUGGCAGCGGGAUGACGACAAAGACGAUUGUUGAUCGCAUCAUUGCUCACAGGUUGGAGUUCACGCUGCGCAAUGAGAAGAAGGAGAAGAAGGAGAAGGCAGCGUACGAGGCAUUUGUGAAACAACGCGCGCAGGAGAGUGGGGUCACGCUGGAUGAGCAGCACGCUCCAUAGUGGAGCGAGGAAAAGUUAGGAUAGUUGUUGUAGGGCUCGCUCAUUCUCUCUCUCUAGCUGUUUUUUGUACACUUACAUCCCCCUUUACACAACACACACGCACAGGUGAAUAAAAGUGCAUAUGUACAUACACACGUGCGAAUAUGCACACACGAGCGAA